AUGUUCAAGAACUGUAGCGCCAGCUUCAUCAGCCGCCUUGCGCAGGAUGCCUCCGAAACAACCCGAGCGUUUGGCUUUGGGCAGGCUGUGCACGAGGUGGGCGAUGCCGGUAAGAGCAUGGUUCUCGUUCUUCGCGGGAGCCUGGUGGUCAAAAAGAAGGGGGAGGAGCUGCUGACGCUGGAGCAAGGCUCGCACUACGGAGAAACCAUGCUCCUGAGCCUUGAGCAGGUGUGGCGAGUUUCCCUGGUGGCAUACUCCUCCAGUAUGGUUUGCGAGAUUCGUCGGGAGUCCUUUCGGCGACUGCUUGAGGAUUUCCCGGCUGAGGCCCAGCAGUACGAGACUUUCUUCGACCUCGCGAUGGACCAGCUGUUUUCCGGAACCCGGACGCACACCUGCGACAUCUUUACGGGGCUCUCGCAGAAGAUGCUUGAAGCCUUCGACGAGCACAUGCUGCGGAGGGUUUAUUUCCCUGGCGAGAUAGUUUUGCACGAUGGACCGAAAAGUAAGGAGCUUGUGCUCCUGCAGGACGGUAUGGCCGCGGUGGAAAUCGCUGGUCGCACAGUGCGAACCGAGACCAGGGGCAAGAAGGACGACAUUGGCGGGCGGGCUCGACUGAGAUCAGACAUGAUGUCAGACGAUGAUGGUGAAGAAGAGGAGGUAGAAGAGGAUGACCGGCCGGCUUGCUUUGGCGAGCUUGAGUUCUUGGGACUCAGCCCUGUGCGGAAGACUGCCGUCAAAGCUUUGACUCCGUGUGUAUGCAGGAUUCUCAACCGUGAGAUGGUCUUGCACGUUGCCCGGGACACCGACAUGGAGGUCUACAGCAGCAUGCUUCUGCAGAUGUUCCAGAAGACGGUCCACAAAACGAGCGCCGAGCAGGCCAGCGUGCUCAUGGACUUCAUCUCAGCAGGCUGCAGUGAUGAAUUCCUUCAGUUUUUGUCAGGCCAUCUGGAAGCACGGCUCUACCCCGAAGGGAAGCUCAUUUGGGAGCUGAACAAGAAGUACUGCUCUCGCUCCCUUCAGAUGGUUAUGAGCGGUUCGGUGCGUGUGAUCGGUGUCGGCAAAAAGGAUCUUCCCCGUCUGGGCAAGGGAGACGUCUUCGGACGAAUGUCUGCGCUGAGCCUGAGGCCCCGACCUUCUGGGGCCAGUGCGCUCUACGCCGCAGAGCACUGCUGUGUCGAGGUGCUUCACCAAGAUGUCGUCGUCCGCGCGCUCGAGAUCUAUCAUGAUCAACGAGGCAAAGUCCUCACUCUGGAUCGCGAGGCAAAAGCUGCCGCUGGAGCGAAGGCCAUGGACUUUGUUGAGAUUGUCGCGAGUUCGCGAAUCUUUUCUGACAUGUCCCAUGCUUUCGUGCAAGAACUGGCGGCUUCUGCCAUCGAUCGCAUAUUCAUGCCAGGAGACGUGGUGAUGCACCAGGGCGCCGUUGAAUUCUCCAUGUUUAUCUUAGUGACAGGCACCGCCGACGUGUUCGUGAGCGAUGUGUCUAAGUCAGAUGACCCGUACACCGGGGCGAAGGAGCGGAGUCCCGUGCGGCACGCCAGAAGCAUGAGCCGGGUUAGCCACCUCGCUCCCGGAGCGAUCUGUGGCGAGCUUGCGAUGCUUGGAAUCACCCCCACAAGGUCGGCGACCAUCAAAGCCUCCGCUCUCUGCAUUUUCUGGGAAGUCACGCAGGACAAAGCUAUGGCCAUUCUGGACCGAUAUCCUCAAGAGCGCGACCUUUUCGGGGCUGUUAUUGUCCACAACCUUGACAUCAGCGUCCCCGGAAGGCUGCUCCAGCUACCAUUGCUCCGAGCCUUCGACCGGAAGUUUCGCAUGCUUCUGACGCUUUACUGCGAGCGGCAUGCCUUCUUCCCAGACCAGCAGAUCCUCAAGGAGGGCGAGGCUGGUGACAAGUGCUACAUAUUCAAUCUUGGUCCAGCCAUGCUGCAGAAAAAAGGCUUUACAGUGAAGACCUUCUCGCCGGGGUCACACUUCGGCUGCGACCACAUGCUGGGCAUCAACAGGCUCUACUGUGGCUCGCUGAUCGCCAUGACGGUGUGCCACAUCCUCGCCGUGUCCCGCAGCUCCUACCUGCUGGCGCUCGAGCAGUAUCCGUCGCAAAAGGCGAGCCAACAACUCCUCCGCCAGCAGCGGGUGGAAGCCAAAGAGCUUCGCCAGGCCAUCCAGAGGAUCACGAUCCGAAAGAGCAUCUGGCAAAGAUACCAAGGCGAGAUCCACAAGGAGAAGAACAUGUUCUUCCUCUCUGAGCAUGACCUGGCUAAGCGAUUCAUGAAAGCCUGGUUCGAGACCGCAAAGGAGCUCAAAGCGAGAAGGUCGGAGCGAAAUCGCCGGAGGAAGGAGGUCGAGGAAAUGAUCGAGAACUGGAAGAUGAAGAACGAAGCAGGUUUGAAGAAAGCCGCGUAUAAGAAGAAGGAGAGAGAGAUUCUGACCAGGAAUAUUCUCGAGAGGGGCCCACUGGAAUUCAUCGAUCCCCCAGAGUCUCAGACACCCCGGCUGCCACGCAUACCGAAGAAGCAGACGCAGGAGCUGGUCUCCAUCCUCAAAGCCUGGCCCUCUCCCCGUCCAUCUCCUCACUACGAGCUGAAAGUGUGGAAUGUCAUGAGCAAGGAGCUUACGCAGCCGCCUCCUGGCGAAGCAGCUGGUGCUCGGCUGCUGCCAAUGCUGCAGGGCGUCCGCAGACGAGGCGAAGCCAUCCUCGAGGCACCAGGCUCCGAUGGCGAAGAGUCGGAAGAGGUCGAUCUAAAUGAGGAGGAAGAGGCUCCAGUCGUCGCGAUGGCAAGCAACAUGAGCACGACGGGCGCCGAAAGG